AUGCCAGAUACCCCUGUGAAGGGAUAUAGCAAUAAGCUCCUGGAUAUACAUACAUGUAGAGCUAUUUUCCCCCGGGGACUCAGCGAAGAAAGGGAAACUGGUUCCGUCAAAGUGUCAUCACUGUCGUUCACUCGCCGCUCGCGACCUCAAAUGUCAACGGAAGAAAGGCAGGACAUGGAGGAUGGGGAGCAAGACGAAUGGGGAGGAGAAUACGAUCCGCUGUCAGACCCCCAAGAGCGCAGGGUUCUCUUUGCAGCGUUGGAUUCUUUCAGUCAAUACCGCCGUUUUCUGCACCGAAACAUAACCCACCGCCGUCGCCAAUCAUUCUACUCCCUGCCAUCUUUCCACUGGGCAAAGCUCUCCAAUCCCCCAUUUUCCAUGCUGGACACAUUCAACAAGAUCGACGACGCCAUCGACACCAACGCUGACAUCGCAGAGGCCAUUCUCGCCACUGGCCUGCCGUCCUUCGGCCUUGCACCAGAACCAGCGGAGCACGAUCCCAGGAAUUGGCGCAACAGGGCCACCCCGGAAGAUAUUAACAAGGCGAACUCGACCAUUCGCCAGUUCUUCCGCGACUGGAGCGCCGAGGGACAGCAUGAGCGAGAUAUUUCAUACGGACCAGUGCUACAGGCUUUGCGCGAUGAAUUCGGCGAGCGGCCCGCGCCGGGGACGAGGGUGCUAGUUCCUGGUGCCGGGCUGGGAAGGCUGGUCUUUGAUUUAAGCAUGGCGGGAUAUUCCGCUGAAGGAAACGAGUUCUCGUAUCAUCAACUGAUAGCGAGCAGUUGGGUACUGAACCACACCCGGAAACCAGAGGAAUUUGCGCUUUAUCCGUUUGCGAUGGGAUUCUCCAACUUGAAAUCUAGAAGUCAGCAGCUCAAGAAAGUGAUGAUUCCCGACGUUCAUCCUGGCUCUGCUGUGACGGUGCAAGGCUUGCUUCCGGAAAACGAGCGCACGAUGGGCUCGAUGAGCAUGACGGCAGCAGAUUUUCUUAUUCAGUACGCUGAGCCAGAGUGCACAAAUGCGUUUAAUGCGGUGGCAACGGUUUUCUUCAUCGAUACCGCACCGAAUCUUAUCCGAUAUAUCGAAACCAUUCACAAUUGCUUGAAGCCAGGUGGGCUCUGGAUUAAUGUUGGCCCGUUACUGUGGCACUAUGAAGACAGGCAUAAUGGUAGCCAGAGCAAGAGUGGGGGUGCCGAGACGGAUGAUGUUGAGAAGUUGGGCAUCGUGGAGCCCGGCACUGUUGAAUUCACGGAGGAAGAGAUCUUCCAAUUGGUUGAGUCUAUGGGCUUCGACAUUCGAAAACAUGACAAGGAAGUGCGGGAGUGUGGAUAUAUUCAAGACCCGGAGAGCAUGUUGCAAAAUACGUAUAGACCGUCCUAUUGGGUGGCGGCUAAAAAAUAGGUUGUUUAUGAGUUUCAUUUCGAACGUUGGGUAUACAUUUUGGGACACUGCCUAAUCCUUGACGCUUCGUUGGCCACAGAAUCAUUCGUGGGUCUUUGGAUGGGGGUUUGAGCUUUAUUUUAUCAUUAAGAAACAAUCUUGUGGUAAAGGAUGACGAAAAAAAAAAUCAGCCGUUGAAUGUACUUCUCGGGCUGGUGAAUUGGAUUUGCUUUUCAUCCAACGGGCAA